GAAGUCACUUGCACACACAUCAUCUCAAGGUCUGCUUCUGGGAAACCUGACCCAAGACAUCAUCUCAGCACUUUCUACUCCUCUUUUGCUGCCUACCUGAUAAGUGUGGAUUGUUUUCUAGAAUGAGGUCCUGGGCCCUAUUCCCUCUACAGAUAAUUGGCUGGACAAUCUCGUUCAUGUCCAUAGUUUCAACCAGUAGCUUCAAUUUUCACUUCUGAUAAUCCCCAAACUGUUUUAUGCAGCUCAGACUGCAGCUCUCUCUGCUGGACAGCCCCAGCUAGCUGUCCACAGACAACCCCUGCACUAACACAAUAGUCACUAGCCACAUGUGGCUAUUUUAAUUAAUUAAAAUUUAAAUCCCUAGUCCCACCAGCACAUUUCAAGUGCCCAGGAGCUACCUAUAGCUAGUGGCUACCACCCUGGAUAGUGUCAAUAUAGAACACCUGUUUUAUUGGACAGCUUAGACACAUUUCCAAACCUAACUCAUCAUCCCCAGAAUGUUGCCUUUCUAUAGUCCUCACUGUGUCUCUCUCUUAGAAACAGUGGGCAGAAAUUACAGAAACUAGAAACUACAGAGAAAGGGUAUAUAAGGGCUUCAGGGAGGAGAGAGGGGACCACAGAAUUAGAGUCUUUUACAUGUAUAUCUUCCCUGGAACUGGGAAGAUGGAUGGACAAAGAUGUUGACGAAGACCUUAACAAAGGCCAUCUGUGAGCGAUCUUAGAUUGGUUAGAACAGGGGGAGAGCUGGGGAGGAGGGCUGGCUAGGCCAGAACUUGCCCUCCUCAAUGAAGUUUUCAAACUCCACCUGGCAGCCUCAGCCUUGAAUAAACGUUCUUGUGUGAGUCAGGGCAUUUAUCCAUCUCCAGUCAAUAGUGUUCCAGGAUGAGUAUUUGCUCGAAGCCAACCUGCCGGAGUCAGUUCUGGAAAUUUUACUGCAAAUCUCAGAAAAGAAGCAGGUUCCUUCUUGAAUUCUAAGCUGUUAGGACUUCAGUUUGGCGCCAUGGAAAGCCAUUUUGCCACUGAGAUGGGCCUACCUGCAAGUGAAGCCAAAUGCAUGGGGAAAGAAGAGGCUAGAGAAGGUGAGCCAGAGGUUCUUCACAGCUUUCGGCUUUUUAUUCACCUGUUCCUGAAAAAACUCGAUCCGUUUUUUUCCAACUGCUUCAGCCAAGAUUCCCCUAUUCCUUAGGGCGGUUGGAGCUGGGUCACUGACAGACCUUACUGAUCUCAUCGUGCUAAUGAUUUCAACGACUCUCUAUACCUUAACGAUUCCCAAUGUCUGUAUCUAGCCUUGAUGCCUUUACUGAGCUCCACCCGUGUGUCCACCUGCCCCCUGACGUCCCACAGGCACGUCUAAAGUGAUCUCCUUAUUUCUGCCCUCUUGUCUUUAUUUCCCAUCUCAGACGAAACCUCCUAGACCUCCAGUCCCUUUGCUCAGAGACGCCAAGGUCGUAAGUUCAGGCUCCGCCUCUUCGCGGGGCCUCAACCAAGGUCAUCCGCGUCUUCCCUCGCGCGGCUCGUUGGGGGCGGUGUCCCGCGAACCCCACGGCCGCAGGGCCAGGCGCUCUAGGCGGCGGCGGGCCCCGCAAAGAGCCUCCUCAUCUCGCUGGUUUCCGGUACCCGGUGGCUACUCUAGCCUACAACGGGGGGCCUCGGGACUCUAUCCUCUAAGCCGGCUUCUCUUCGCCAGGUUUUCUCCGGGAGGGUACCUGGGGGAACCCCUUGCCACGGUGGCUUCUGCGGUCUCUUUUAGGUGCAACCGGAGAAACCCCUGAGCCCCCAGAGACUCCCCGCCUCUGGGCGCUCCAAGGGUUUGCACGGACUAGGAGGAUGGCGGAAGUGAGUGUGUAGGCGCCCUUCUCUCUCGCCGCUCUUCUCUAUGGUCGCUUCCUUCGGUGACGGGAAAAGGGGUCCCGGCGCCUGCGCAGAAGACGGUCUGGGAGGUAGUCGCGGAGUGCGGGGGGAGGGGCAGGGAGCGGGAGCUGCCGCCGCCGCCGGAGCAAACCGCGGGGACCGAGAUGCAGCUGCUGCCGUUCACCCCGUGUCUUCUGGUCGCUUCCCUCUUUGCUGCCCCUCCCCACAGGCUCCCCCUCUCCACCUCCUGGGGACCAUCAUGAAUGGUUCCCCUUCCCCGGAGGAUGGGGCCUCCCCCUCUCCUCCCCCUUUGCCACCACCCCCUCCUCCUAGUUGGCGGGAGUUCUGCGAGUCCCAUGCCCGGGCUGCUGCCCUGGAUUUUGCCCGCCGUUUUCGCCUCUACCUGGCCUCCCACCCUCAGUAUGCAGGGCCAGGGGCUGAGGCUGCCUUCUCCCGCCGUUUUGCUGAGCUCUUCCUGCAGCACUUUGAAGCGGAGGUGGCCCGGGCCUCCGGCUCCCUCUCGCCACCCAUCCUGGCUCCCCUGAGUCCUGGUGUGGAGAUCCCGCCACAUGACCUGUCCCUUGAGAGCUGCAGGGUGGGUGGGCCCCUGGCUGUGUUGGGCCCUUCUCGAUCAUCUGAGGACCUGGCCGGCCCCCUCCCUUCCUCAGUCUCUUCCUCUUCUACGACCUCCUCAAAGCCGAAGCUCAAGAAACGCUUCUCCCUCCGCUCAGUGGGUCGCUCCGUCCGCGGUUCAGUCCGUGGCAUCCUGCAGUGGCGGGGGACUGUUGACCCUCCCUCCCCAGCGGGGCCCCUCGAGACCUCAUCGGGCCCCCCAGUCCUGGGUGGAAACAGCAACUCCAACUCCUCUGGGGGGGCCGGGACCAUUGGCAGGGGACUGGUUAGUGACGGAACAUCCCCUGGGGACAGAUGGACUCACCGAUUUGAGCGGCUGAGACUCAGUCGGGGCGGGGGGGCCUUGAAGGACGGAGCAGGGAUGGUGCAGAGGGAAGAGCUGCUGAGUUUCAUGGGGGCUGAAGAGGCAGCCCCUGACCCAGCUGGAGUAGGCCGGGGAGGAGGGGCAGCUGGGCCGACCUCAGGGGGAGGAGGGCAGCCUCAGUGGCAGAAGUGUCGCUUACUGCUCCGAAGUGAAGGAGAAGGAGGAGGAGGAAGUCGUCUGGAGUUCUUUGUGCCGCCCAAGGCGUCUCGGCCUCGACUCAGCAUUCCCUGCUCUACCAUCACGGACGUGCGGACAACCACGGCCCUGGAGAUGCCUGACCGGGAGAACACGUUUGUGGUUAAGGUGGAAGGCCCCUCGGAAUAUAUCCUGGAGACAGCCGAUGCUUUACACGUGAAGGCCUGGGUGUCUGACAUCCAGGAAUGCCUGAGUCCGGGACCCUGCCCUGCCACCAGUCCCCGCCCCAUGACCCUCCCCCUGGCCCCUGGGACCUCAUUCCUUACAAGGGAGAACGCUGACAGCCUGGAGCUGCCGUGCCUGAAUCACUCAGAGAGUCUGCCCAGCCAGGAUCUGCUGCUGGGAGCCAGUGAGAGCAAUGACCGCCUGUCACAGGGGGCCUAUGGGGGCCUUUCAGACCGCCCCUCAGCGUCCAUCUCCCCCAGUUCCGCCUCCAUUGCUGCCUCCCAUUUUGACUCAAUGGAACUGCUUCCCCCAGAAUUGCCCCCCCGCAUCCCCAUUGAAGAGGGGCCCCCAGCGGGCACCGUUCAUCCCCUCUCAGCCCCCUACCCACCCCUGGACACUCCGGAAACGGCCACAGGAUCAUUCCUGUUCCAGGGGGAGUCAGAGGGAGGUGAAGGGGACCAGCCCCUCUCAGGGUACCCUUGGUUCCACGGGAUGCUCUCUCGACUCAAGGCCGCGCAGCUAGUGCUGGCGGGAGGUGCUGGCUCCCAUGGUGUUUUCCUGGUACGGCAGAGUGAGACGAGGAGGGGCGAGUACGUCCUCACUUUCAACUUCCAGGGCAAGGCCAAGCACCUGCGCCUGUCGCUGAACGAGGAGGGUCAGUGCCGGGUCCAGCACUUGUGGUUCCAGUCCAUUUUCGAUAUGCUCGAGCAUUUCCGGGUGCACCCCAUCCCUCUGGAGUCUGGAGGCUCCAGUGACGUUGUUCUUGUCAGCUAUGUCGUGUCCUCCCAGCGACAGCAGGAACCGAACACCUCCCAUGACCCACCCCAGCCCCCUGAACCCCCUUCAUGGACAGAUCCCCCACAUCCUGGGGCAGAAGAGGCGUCGGGGGCGCCAGAAGUGGCGGCAGCAGCAGCCGCAGCAGCCAAAGAGAGGCAAGAGAAAGAGAAAGCGGGCAGUGGAGGGGUCCAGGAAGAGCUGGUCCCCGUGGUUGAGCUGGUCCCCGUGGUUGAAUUGGAAGAGGCCGUAGCACCAGGCACGGAGGCCCAGGGAGGCGCUGGAUCUGGUGGGGACCCCGGGGCCACCCCGAUGGUGCAACUCCAACAGUUACCACUAGGGGGCGACGGAGAAGAAGGGGGCCAUCCCAGAGCCAUUAAUAACCAGUACUCCUUCGUGUGAGACACCCUACCACGCUCUUUCUCCACUCUUCUUGCUCCCCAGCUCUUAGUUGGUGAGAUGGCGCUGGGUGGGGACGUAGAGGAGCGGUAGGAAUCCCCUCCCCACGUGCUUCCUGACCCUUGACGGCCAAGGGCAUCUGCAUUGGUACAAGAAGAGGUUCGAGAGCCCUGUUAACUCCCCAGUUCAUACACUACAGGUGCCCCAUCCCCUGGGCAGGGGAUUUGGGCUCCAUUACCUCCCUGAGGGGCUCUUAUGGUCAGCCCCACCCCUGGGGGCCAUUUCCCCACUAACCACCCCCCAGCCCGAAGAAGGGUGAGGGGGAAGGGCUGUCAGUUACUUUAAGGUGGUUGUUGUUGUUGUUUUAAACAAAAUGGAGAAGCAUAAAUAAAUAAAAGGGUUUAUCUCAGUU